AUGCAGCGGACCCUCCACCAGCCGUUCGGGCGCGCCGGGAGGACGGACAGGCGCGCCGCUAGCACCGCCGUGCGCUCCGUGAAGCAGUACUCGGACCCCGCAGACUCCGUGACGGCGAGCUGGCAGGAGCGGGACAACAUCCGCAUUGCCAUUCCGAGCAAAGGGCGGAUGAGCGAGGCGACGCUGCAGCUCCUCAAGGACUGCCAGCUGGACGUGAAGAAGGUCAACCCGCGGCAGUACGUCGCGUCGAUCUCGCAGCUCCCGGGCGUCGAGGUGUGGUUCCAGCGGGCCUCGGACGUGGUGCGGCGCCUGCAGACGGGCGACGUGGACCUGGGCAUCGUCGGGUACGACAUGUUCUACGAGUUCAACCGCGGGAGCAAGGAGGUCAUCGUCAUCCACGACGCGCUCGGGUUCGGCAAGUGCCACCUCGGGCUCGGAGUGCCGACCGACGGCAAGUUUGCCAACGUCAACACCAUCGACGAGCUCCUCGCGAUGGACUGCUGGGGGCCGGACAGUCCGCUGCGCGUGGUGACGGGGUACCAGUACGUGGCGCAGGAGUUCUUCAAGCAGCUCGGGUUCGAGCACGUCCAGCUGUGCAGCGCGGACGGCGCGCUCGAGGCCGCCCCGAAGAUGGGGUAUGCCGACAUCAUCCUGGACCUGGUGUCCACGGGGACGACGCUGCGGGAGAACAACCUCAAGCAGAUCGCCGGCGCCACCAUGCUGCAGUCCCAGGGCUGCCUCGUCGGCAACAAGAAGGCCCUGCAGGAGUCCCCGGAGCUGCUGGCGACGGUCAAGGAGCUGAUCGAGCGCCUGGACGCGCACCUCACGGCGGAGGGCUACUACUCCGUGAUCGUCAACAUGCAGGGCGAGUCGGCGAAGGACGUGGCGGCGCGCCUGCUCUCCUCGGAGCUCCUGAGCGGGCUGUCGGGGCCCACGGUGAGCCCGGUGUACACCAAGGGCGAGGAGCAGCCGGGGCUGUACGCGGCGGUGAUCUGCGUGCCGAAGAAGGAGCUGUACCCGACGGUGAAGGAGCUGCGCGCGUGCGGGGGCAGCGGGGUGCUGGUGCAGCCCAUGACGUACAUCUUCGAUGAGGAGCCGCCAAGGUGGAAAGCGCUGCUCGAAACGCUCGGGAUCUCGGACGUGAGCGCGUAG